GACAUAAAGAUAUACAGUAAUAAUAAAACAUACAGGAUGACUGAAGUGGGAGAGUUGUGUAAAACAAACCUCAAAGGAGCAAUUUAACCGUUAACAUCGUUCUUCAAUAAUGCACAGCCUCUGAGUAGAACAUAUUAAUGCAUUAAAUGACAGAAAAGACCACAAAGGAAGCAGAUUAACUGUAACUAGAGAAUCCUAUUGAUAAAGGAGAAGCUGAGACAGACUGACAACUGACAAAGAAAAUGCCAAACUGGGGAGGUGGAAAAAAGUGUGGCGUUUGCCAGAAAACAGUAUACUUUGCAGAGGAAGUUCAGUGUGAGGGCGGCAGUUUCCACAAGUCCUGUUUCUUGUGCAUGGUCUGUAAGAAGAACCUAGAUAGCACCACAGUGGCAGUUCAUGGAGAGGAGAUUUACUGCAAGUCCUGCUAUGGCAAGAAGUAUGGACCUAAGGGUUACGGUUUUGGGCAAGGAGCUGGUACCCUAAGCAUGGAUAAAGGAGAAGCACUGGGCAUAAGGCACGAGGAUGCCCCAGGACACCAGCCUACAAAUAAUCCUAAUGCAUCAAAAUUUGCUCAGAAAGUUGGGGGAGCUGAUGUGUGUCCUCGGUGUGGAAAGUCUGUGUACGCUGCAGAAAAAGUGAUUGGUGGAGGAAAUUCCUGGCACAAAGCCUGCUUCCGCUGUGCAAAAUGUGGCAAAGGUUUGGAAUCUACGACUUUGGCUGAUAAAGAUGGAGAGAUAUUCUGUAAAGGAUGCUACGCCAAGAACUUUGGGCCUAAAGGUUUUGGAUUUGGUCAAGGAGCUGGAGCUUUGGCUCACACCUAAUAAUGUCCCUGAUAUUUUCAUAUUCAACAGCCACAAUUUGAUGUCCCAAACUUACUUUGUUCUAUUACUAUCCUGAACUAGAGGGAAACUAAGAUGGCUGCCAUCAUACACUGCUCUUUUUAGAUUUCAGCUUUGAAUGUAUUUUUUACACAUGUAUAGUUGUGAAUACAUUUAUUAGUUUGUAUAUUCACAAGUCUGCACUAACAUGAAAAGGUUUAGGACCUUGGUAAUUUUAAAUUGAAAGUGAAUUUUGCUAGUAAAAAAAUAAAACUAACUUAAAGACAGAUUUAUUGGUUCAUGAUUCAAUGCUCAUGCAAGUUUGUCUAGACCAGUAAUGGCUAACUUUGGCACCCCUGAUGUUUUGGAACUACAUUUACCAUGAUGCUUAGGCACUCUACCGUCUAGUUGAGCUUCAUGGGAAAUGUAGUUCUGAAACAUCAGGGGUGCCAAGAUUAGCCAUUACUGGUCUAGACUGUCUUGACAAGCCUGCACAGGUGACCCAAAAUGUCACCAAAUCUACAAAAGUCAAAUGGGUUUUUAAAUAUAUACACGUACUUAAGCACAUACCCGUAAUAUCCAUAUUUAAAGGUAUUUAUAUUUUAAAAAGUAAACCUAUUUAUAUAUUAGUAAUCAAUUUAACACAAAUUUUACAUUUUCACCCACACAAGCACUAAUAUAAUGGAACAUUCCAUAUUGCAGCUACUCAGAGCUCUUUGUUUUGAGCCCAUUUCCUGGGGCUCUUGCUUUUGACGUGCCAGCUUUUUCACACAGCCAUAGGCAUAGGAAUUAUUUAUGUAAUAAAGAUGUAUUUUCAAAAUUAAA